AUGGUCAAUGAUUUACAAUGCGGUUCGGGGAGGAAUUGGAAAUUCGUUGAUGAUGUUACUAUUUCUGAGGGAUUAUUAAGGAAUGGGGAACCGUCUGUAAUCCAGUCCGAUUUAACUUCUAUAGCUACAUGGGCAUCUAAUAACCUGAUAAAACUGAACGCAAAGAAAUGCAAAGAGAUGCAAAUUUGUUUCUUUCGGAACAAACCUGAACUACCACACUUGUGUGUUGAAGACCAGAUCUUAGAAUGUGUAUCGUCGCACAAGGUUCUUGGAUUGAUUAUCCAGGAUGACCUUAAGUGGAACGAACAUAUUUCGAUGAUUGUUACCAAAGCAUCCAAGCGACUGCAUAUCCUACGUGUCCUACGACGGGGAGGGAUUCCACCGCACGACCUGAUCACAAUUUAUUAUGCAUUGAUUAGAUCUACAUUAGAAUAUUGUUGUACAGUAUGGCAUUGUGGUCUACCUAUGUAUCUGUCUGAACAAGUCGAAAAAAUUCAAAAACGUGCACUGAGGAUUAUACUGCCAGGUCGAUCCUACGGUGAAGCGCAAGAAAUGUUGCAGUGUCCUAGGCUGGAUAUAAGUCGAGGUGAACUUUGCGAAAAGACGAUGAAAAAUAUUGCAUUGGGCAGUCGUCUUUCUUCCCUUCUAACUCUCACCAGUGAAAACGAACAUGUGUAUAAUUUAAGGAAUUUUAAACAAUUCGCUUCUUUUAAAUGUAGAACUGAUAGAUUUGGUAAUAGUUUUUUCCGUAGCAUGAUUAGUGUUUUAAACAAAUAAUUGUUCUUAGUUAUAAGUUCUUAUUUAAUAAUCUAAUGAUAUAUUUGUAAUAUAGUUACUUUUAGUAUUGUAAUUCCCAUUCAAAUCAAUUGUAAAACACAUUGUAAUUCAUUUUCAUGCGAUAAUGUGUUAUUAAAAUACCAUUAUUAUUAUUAUUAUUAUGAUGAAGAUGUAACCUGCCAAUUCAAACAGAUGGGAAAACUAAAAGGUCUAAAACUUGGUAGUCUAAAUAUCAAUAGUCUAUUAAAAAAUAUUGAACAUAUUCGUUAUAUUUUAUCACAGUGUUCCUUUCACAUCUUUGCUAUUAACGAAACAAAAAUUGAUUCAUUAGUAAAUGUCUCUGAAAUAAGUAUACCAGGUCAUAAUCUAGUUAGAAGAGAUAGAAAUAGAAAUGGAGGUGGUGUUGUAAUAUAUGCUCAAGAACACCUCUCCAUUUUGGUUAGAAAUGACUUAGUUCCAAAUAAUCUCUUCGGUGGCCAAGUGGUUAGCGCACUUGCCUUUCACCUCUGAGGCUGCAGGUUCGAGUCUCACUAAGUACCUUUUCAGUGCGACUCGAACCCAGUCCCCAUGUGAAAAGAGUAAAAGUCAACGCUCUGCCGAAAGCCGUGGGUUUUCCCCGGGUACUCCGGUUUCCUCCCACAGGGAAAGUUGACAGGGUGGGUUAGGUAAAAAAAUAAAAGGGCCUACAGUAAUUGGCAUAUGCUGUUGUGGUGACCCUGCCCUAGUUGGCAAAGCUAAAUAAAUAAAUAAAUCUGGAAAUGAUCUGUAUCGAAAUUAAUCAACCUUUCAACAGGUCAUUUCUAGUUAGUACAUGGUAUAGACCACCUAAUUCAAUUACGGAUGUAUUUGAUCAUAGUUAAUAGAGGAGAUGGUUUGGAAACUCGUUAGCAUUACAAUAAAAUCACAAUAAACCUCAUUAUCUAUGUUGUUCAGGCAGUAUACAAAAAUGUGGUCUUUCAUCGUCACGAGCGUAUUGUAUUUUUCUCAAAUCAACCAAUAGGAACGUUCAAAAUGUCCUAUUGUUAAAGUCAUGGAUGAGCAAUUGGACAAAACGGUUGCUAUUGGUUGGUUGAGCAAAAAUACAAUACGCACGUGAUGAUGAAAGACCACAUUUUUGCAUAAACCUGAACAAAAACAUAGAUAGUGAGGUUUAUUGUAAUGCUAAUGAGUUUCCAAACCAUCUCCUCCAUUAACUAUGAUUUGAUGCAUACGAUAUUUUUCUUCUUAAUUGUGAUGCUGAAAACAAAGGACUAAUCCUAUCAGGAGAUAUAAAUUGUGAUGUUCCUAAAUCCCCACCAGAAGCGCAUACAAGUAGAUUUCAAUCUAUAAAUUCAUUAUAUAACAUGGCUCAGUUAAUAGAAGAACCAACCAGGGUUGCGAGAACAUCUGCUACUAUAAUUAACCUUAUUCUGACAAAUGUUCCUGAAAAAAUUUCUCAUGCUGGCGUCUUUCACGUUGGUAUAUCAGAUCAUAGCUUAAUAUAUGCAGUUCGCAAAUUCAAACCACUUAAACGAAGGCCGACUAUUAAAAAGUUCGUAAUUUUAAACACUUUACUGAAACAGAAUUUAUAUCUGACCUAACCAAUAUUCCUUGGAAAACUGUUUUCAUAACAAGUGAUCCAAACUUGAGUUGGAAUAAGUGGAAGGAACUAUUUAUCGGAACACUAGAUAAACAUGCUCCUGUUAGACAUAUAAGAUCAGGGAAACACACCACUCCGUGGAUGACAGCGGAAAUAAGGUCAGCUAUGAGAAGAACAGACUACCAUAAGAAAAAGGCCAUAAAGUUGAAUUCUGAUUCACAUUGGCAUAAUUAUAAGAGUUUGCGUAAUAAAGUUAAUAAACUAAUACGUGAGACAAAAUCUACUUUCUAUAUCAACAAAAUAUCUGAAUGUGCAGAAACUAUGGAUUUAAAAAAUGCUGGUCUACAAUAAAUUCCCUGCUAGGGAAACAAAAUAAAUCCAAUUAUGUUAGCGAGCUCAAAGUUGGUGAAAAUGUCAUCACAGACCCUAAUCUCAUUGCGGAGCAUUUAAUACACACUUCAUCAACAUUGGAGUGUACCCUGAUGAAAAUGAUACGCCAAACGAUUGUGGAGAAAAUAUUGAUUUCUCUGACACAAACAUCCAUUCCCAAACUAAUAAUAAAUUUAAUUUUUCUCUCAUUACAGUUGAUAGUGUCCUCUGUAAUUUGAAACACCUUAAAGCAAAUAAAUCUACUGGCCUAGACGCCAUCCCAGCGAAAAUACUAAAACUAGCUGCCCAUAUUAUUGCCCCUUCCUUAACGUAUAUUUUUAAUUUAUCUCUUCAAAGCGGUAUUUAUGUUAACGAUUGGAAACGAGCUCGAGUAAUUCCUAUCUUCAAAUCUGAAGAUAAAAGUAAAUGUGAAAAUUAUAGACCCAUUUCUAUUUUGUCAAUUGUAAGCAAAGUCUUUGAAAAAGGAGUGUUUAGGCAAGUGUAUACGUACGUGAAUGAAAGUAAUCUUCUCUCAAAGUAUCAAUCUGGCUUUUCUGCCACAACACUCAACCUUAUCAGCCCUCAUUAA